CAGCUUGUGGCCAACAGUUGGAAAAACGUGGAACGCGCGCUGCUUAGUUUUGUACGCCCACCCCUCCCACCUAAGCAAACGCCAGCGCAACGAUUGCGAACGGUAGCGGCCGAUAGAAAGACAGAGAAAGAGAGAGAUAGAGUGAGCGCGCCAAGGCAGUGGGCGCGAAGAGUGCGGCAAUAACAAUUCGUGGGUGCUAAACGCGCGCGCGCAACUGAAAAAUUUCACAAAAUUCAUGAAAAUAUUUUAGCCAAGAGUUGCGCUAGUGAGUGUUUGUGUGUGUAUGCGUUUAUGUGAUAGUGUUGGUAUUGGUGUGUCUGAAAAGCGACAACAAAAUAAACAAGUGCAACAAGAAAAAAAUAUGCAAAACAGCUAAAAGAGUUGAAUAGAAUUUAACAACAGCAACAACAACAAGACCAACGAGAAACAAAGUCAACAACAACGACAACAACAACAAACAGCUGUGUUGUUGCGAGUUUGUUUUUGUUACUUUUCGGGCAAAGCUUUAAAGCGGGUCAAAUGCAUAAAUAAAUAAAUAAAUACAUGAAACGAAACGAAACGAGAUUCAAAUCAAACCAAGUGAAGAGUGAUACGAUGUAAAAAAAUAUAUAUUUUUUUUGCAAAAAUUACAAAUAUAUGUAUAUGAUAAAAAUAUUAUAUAAAAUUCGAGCUAUAUAUAUGUAUGAAACAUGCAAAUUUUGUUGCUGUAGUUCAGUCUUCUUUCAUUAAAUCUUCGCUCACGUCGUGUCUCAUACUAUCGUCGUACUACCCACUAUUGCCAUCCCGCUUCCGCUUGGACUAGCUCGAAAGCUCGGCGUAGUAUUCAAAGCAGCAAGGCAAAAAGAAAACAAACAAACCAGAAAAAAAAAAAAAAAAAGAAACAGAACAUCGAGAAGUUCUAAUCAAACCGAACUGCUGAACAGCUGGCGGACUGGCGAUUCGAUUCCCGAAAUGCGGCUGCACUUCGGCUGCGGCUCUGUUUUGAACACCUUUUGCGCAGUCACAAAUGGCCGCUAAACAACAGCAGCAGCAAGGCGUACGAUUUCCCAAGGCAGCAGCACAGAUAAGUCGCCAGCAAGACUUGAAUUAUUGCACGCAACAACAACAGCAGCAACAGCAGCAGAAGCAGAAGGAAGAGGCAGCAGUUACUGCAACUGCAACUGCCACAGCAACCGCAAGACGCACACAUUGCAACGCAGCUUCGGCAAACAAUUGUGGAAAAGUGUGCAAACGAACAAUAGAAACUAGAUAGAAAAUCAGCAAAAGCAAUAGCCAAACCAAAUCCAAGCCUAAAACGGAGCAACAGGCAACAGUGCCGCGUGCAACGUGCAACGUAUAUAAGAAAACAUAUAUAUAGAUAUAAUUUAGUUUUUUUUUUUGGUAUAUGCUUCGCUAACGAUGUCGUUGAUGGAAAUUCAUCGAAGCAAUGAAUCAUUUUGGCGUCGCGGAUCGUACAUGUUGCUGCUGCUGCUGCUAGUGGCAUUGUCAUUGCUGUUGCAAGCAGAGGCAGCAACAACAGCGUCAACAGCCAGCGCAACGCAAACGAGUGCAACUAAUGGUGCAAUUAGACAGCAGCGGGGGGCAGACGUGCAACAAGACAAUGUAACAGCAACAGCAGAAGCAGCAACAGCAGCAGCAACAGCAGCAGCUACAGCAGCGGCGGCAGCAGCAGCAGCGGCAGCAACAAUUGCUGGCAGCGAAAGCCAAAUGCCAGGCAAUUCAGCAGAAAUUUUGAGCGCCGGAGAUGUGGAUGUGGUUGCCGAGAAGCCAACCACUUACCGGCCCACUGGCAGCAAUCGCCCUUCGAUUGCCACACAGAGCUCGGCGCAGGAGCGAGAACGCAAGCUGCUGAACGUCUUGGCUGCCCGUCGCACCGCCCUGAAUCGGGGCAAUUUUCGCAAUCGCAUCGGGACGACCGGACGCAGUGCCACCUCGCCAUCGGCUGCCGUGGAGAGCACCUCGAAGGCGCCCAGCGAUCCGCGCUCCGUCUGCAUACGCAACUGCACCAAGAACUUCACCCGCCGCACCACCGCCAGCUGCAUGCGGCAAUGCGCCAACUUCACGCGCAUGGCCAUGGCCGGCAGCGGCAACGGCAACGGCAACGGCAACGGCAACGGCAACAACGGCUCGGUGGUGCUGCGUGCGCCCAACAAGGCGGCGCUGGCUGCUGGCGAAAGGGACACCAAUGAGAUCCUCUUCAGCGAUGAGUCGUCGCAUGGCCUCUUUGUGGUGGCCAAGGAGCAGAACGAUACGCUCAACCACAUAGCGGACGGUGCGGUGAAGCAGCGUGGGCGUGGCAAACCGGUGCCCACGCUGGAGCAGCCGCAGCUGGAGGAGGACGAUGAGGAUGAGGAGGAUGGAGAGCUGCAGCCGUAUCUUUACUUUGGCUCCAAGCUGCCGCCCAUCAAGCCGGGCGCUCUGACCAUCACCCCAGCUGUGGGUGAUGACGAGCAUCCACGCGUGCUGGAGAUCUCUGUGAGUCCGAGCAGCAGCAGCACCACCACCACGAGCACCACCACACCGGAACCAACCACAGAGUCCACAGUGAAACCCACCGUCUCUACGCGGCGCCCUCUCACAGCUGUGGAGCGUAGUCGCAGCCGCUAUAAAUAUCACAUGCGGGAGCGUGGUAUUGCACCAACGGCUGCACCACCAGCCAUUAGCAGAACACGCUAUGUGGGCUCUGGGCGACCCACAGCUGGCCUGGCUGAGAGCUCAGUGGAGCAGAAGUCGGCUGAGGUGGAGCCCGUGGCGGUGCGUCGCGUGGUUGCCAAGCCACAGUCAGCCUCCACACCACUCAUCAUCACAGUGCUGAGCGCUGAGGAGGAGACAACGGUGGGGCAGGUGGUGCCUGAAGUGCAGCCAGAGGCAAGCACCACGAGCACAAGCAGCACUAGCACCACCAGCAGCACAACGAGUACGACGAGCACGACAAGCACCAGCACCAGCACCACUACCACCACAACCACAACCGAGCCACCGAGUACAACUAGAAGGCCAAGCACCACAACAACGACGAGCAGCACCACAACUACUAGCACCACAACGACAAGCACUGCACCUCCCACAACGAGAAGCACCACAACGAGCACCACGACAACCGCCAGCAGUCCAGUGACAACCACCACGGCUGCCACCACAACCACACUGUCGGCCAAGCACAUGACCAUCAUCGAGGAGGACAAGGAGCGACUGCGCGCCCUGGGUCCCUCGCUCACGCAGGAGAUCAACAUCGAGGAUCAGAAUAAUUUGAUCAUCUUCUGCAACAGCACCGCCAACUGCGAGGCGACGCCGCGCACCACUCAGUACGCACCCACCACCGACUCCAGCUCGAACUCGAAGAUAUUGCGCACCACAGUGCUGACAUCUGUGCGCUCCACUGUCAAUCCGCGCACCACCCCAAGUCCGGACAGUCCGGCGAAAGCGCAGGCUGGCAAUGUUUUCAUUGGAGUGGUGGAGUCCUCUUCCUCUUCUUCUUCCUCUUCCUCAGUGGCUGCCUCGGACAUUAGCUCGACGGCCAUUGCAGAGGAGCGCGAUGUGAGCUUGGAGAUGAGGCGCAUGAAUCUGGUCACACUGGUGCUGGUGGCGGUGGGCGUGGUGCCACUGGUGGCCAUUGUCAUGUACAUGGUGCGCAACUAUGUGGUGCGACGGCGCUCCAAGGUGGAUGACGUCUUCGAUGUGUGCAUCACAGAUCAGCAGCCCAUAAGUCCGGUUAAGAAGGUGGACUCCAAAUAUCAGCUGGAGCUGGACGAAGAUGAGGUCGAUCAUCAGCAGCAUCAACAGCAACAGCAGCAACAGUUGCAGCAGCAGCAGCAGCAGCAGCAACAGUUGCAGCAACAGCGCGAUGCGAAUCACAAUCGCUACGAGGACAAAUCGUCCUUGGGCAGCGAGUACCAGGAGUUCGACCGCAGCAACAUCCGCUUGAAGAGUCUGCUGGGCGAGGGCAACUUUGGCCAGGUGUGGAAGGCGGAGGCCGAUGAUCUGAGUGGACAUUUCGGAGCCACACGAAUCGUGGCCGUCAAGACGAUACGCGCCUGCAGCGCCCAGGUGAGCCUCAAGGACGAGGCCAACAUCAUGCGCAAGCUGGGCUCCCACCAGAACGUGGUCACACUGCUGGGCGCCUGCGUGGAGAGCGAGCCCCACAUGCUGAUCAUGGAGUAUGCGAUGCGCGGACGUCUGCUCUCGCUGCUGCGUGCCGCGCGCAGUGCCACGAAUAUUCUGCCCGCCUCGGUGCCGGGAGGACGCAGCCUGGCGCCGCUCUCGCCGCGCACUCUGGCGGGCUUCGCUUUGGAUAUUGCCUGCGGCAUGGAGUACAUAGCCGGGCAUAGGAUUGUCCAUCGCGAUCUGGCGGCGCGCAACGUCCUGCUCGAUCACAAUGGCAUGUGCAAGAUUUGUGAUUUUGGCAUGUCCAUUGAUCUGGACGCGGAGCGCAUGCGCAAGGAGCAGGAGAAGAAUGCGGCGAACGACAUCCUGCGCAGCAAUGCGCACAAAUUCAAAUUCGACUUUGGCAGUCGCUACAUACUGCAGCACUGGCAGCAGACCUUUGGCCAGCAUGGCCAGCACGGCGGCGGCUGCUCCAAGGACCAGACGUCGUCCGAGAAGAAGCAUCAUGGCCAUGACACGAUUGGCAAGCGGCAUGCACUGCCCAUACGCUGGAUGGCGCCGGAGAGUUUACAGUUUCACAUGUUCACCACCGAGACGGACAUCUGGGCCUUUGGCAUUGUCCUCUGGGAGAUUGCCACACUGGGCUCGACGCCCUACUCUCAUCUGACGGGCCGUGAGGUCAUCCGCCGUGUGCCGCAGGGUCUGCGCCCGGAGCUGCCAAAGGAGAGCCGGCACGAGUUCUACAAUCUGAUGUCCCGCUGCUGGCACAAGGAGCCGCACAUGCGGCCCUCGUUCGCACAGUCGCGCCUGGAAAUCACCCGCUCGCUGCACAAGUGGGUGGAGGACGAUUCCGCCGCCUCCGACUAUAUGGAUGUGAGCGGCUUCAGUGAGGAUCUCGAGCAUGGCGUUGUCUACUUCAACCAUCGCAUCUCAGAGUUCGAGUGCGAGAUAUGACGUUGACUGAACCACCCCAACCACCAAACCUCCAUCAGCAUCCACCUGCACACCACGUCGCCAUUGCCCACCAACUAAUAUAUGUACAUCAGGCUCAUUCACACACACACA